AUGGCAUCGAUAUUUGAUGCAGUUCCCUUUGAUAUAUGGCAUCAAGUAGCUGGUUAUCUUGAUCCAAACGAUUAUGUUAACCUAAGUCUCACCAACCGCACACUCUAUGGCUUGCUAAAGGAUGAGAUUACUGCUCGAAAAGCCGUCAAGGCUCAUAUCGCCUAUACUGUGGAAGGGGAGCUUGCUGCUGCAAAGGUGAUUUCAAAUCGUGAAGCACUUGGAAGAGUGUAUGAUAUCCGUGAAGCUAUAGCGAGUGCUCAACCAUACUCUGCAAGUUUAAUUGCGCUCGGGAAUGAGUUCCUUUUCCAUCAGGGAGUCGUUUGCUACAUCAGUGACGGACAAAUUCGGACAUUGGACGUUCUCAAAGCAGCCGAAUACGAAGAGGUUGUUGACCUUAAAGAUGUCUUUGACUCUUAUCCCCUCAUUUCAAAUGGACGACCUUAUUCAAAAUGCAAAUACAAGUUACUGUGCUACUGCGAUGGAAUGGUUGCGCUUCUGUGCCAGCCUGGAGGGCGAGACUCGCCCUGGUUACUUGCAAUAGACAUGAGCCUAAACUACUCAACUGCCAGGAAACCCCAUCGAGUCAGAUUCUGCCGUCCCCUAACCUCGACUCGGAACCUCUUCGUGCGCCUCAACCGUUCAUUCAUGUACUUUGGUACUCAUUCCGGCCGUGGGAGGCAUGGCCAUCGUGAGUGGAUUUUGGAAGGGUUCAGCUUCGUGACAGGUUCUGAUACCUCCCUGGAAUCUAUCCAGCUCGAAAACUUUGUGGGAUCUGAGAUUGGAUCAACUGUGUGUUUUGAGGUCAAAGAUGGUUAUUUCUACGCCGUUUCCAACCAGACUUCCUUUGAGGAUGAAGAAAUUGACUGGACUUCCUACUAUAUUUGUGUACGAUUUCCACUCAUCAAUCCUGUUGAUGUCAAGUGGCAGCGAAUAUGGCGACGACAACACCGUGAAGGUCCAAUUAACGACAACUGGACGAAGAUAUCACUUGCGGUAGACCCGACGACACGCCAACUAACCAUCGUCGAAUGCAGGCAUGAGUGGGAGAACAGUGGAAGUGAGAACUUUCGCAUUCACUAUAGCCAGCCUCUCGAUUGCUUCGACACUGUCGAUGGCGACUCUCGGACGGAAUUCUCGUUCCCUAAAAGUGGCCUUCCCAAGUACCUACCAGUUCGCUCGCUUCCGGACGACCAACUAGCUAAAACCCUUGACCCAUUCAAUCGUCCAAAUUAUGAACCGCCGAAGAAGCGUCACAAGAGAUUCUAUCACCUCGAAUAUACCCCUGAGGAGGCCCAGUCUCCCAACCGUCGAGAUUUCACACUUUCUAGCACCAAGUUCCACGGCUACAAUCUCAUGGCAUCCGCCUUUAUGGACCUUGUUAAUGACCCCCCACGACCAGUGAAACCAUUCAGCACACCUCCUGACAGACUCCGGCUACGUAUUGGAGCAAGAAAGCGUCAAUUCCAACAAUACGAAAUGGAUGAUAAAGGGUCCAGUGCUGCAAUGUAUCCUCGUAGUGUAAUAGACAUCAGCGGCUAUUCAGCCCCUAAAACUGAAGAAGGAUACCAAUCUCGUGGAGUAAAGAUGUGGCCCCCAAACGAUGCACCACCAGAGCUGCUGAAGCUUUUGAGUCCUACUCCGAAAUCUGGGAAGGUCGUUGCUGCUGCUGACGAACGAUUCAUGGUCUAUUCGACUGAUGCUGGCAUGGCAGACGGAACAAAGGCCCUUAUACUGAUCAGCUUUGAUCCGUCAUUUGGCUUGAAACACAUGAAAUCCCUAAAGGGGAAGUCUUCGGAAUCCCUGCCAAAAGCACUACGCCCAAAGAAAGCCCAGCCCCAUGCAAAAAUGUCCACUGCUCGAAAAAUGUUUACUACUCAUCCGGAGCCCGCCUGGUUCAACAUUGAACCUGCGGAGUACUUGAGAUUUAAUUACGGAUUCUGGCUUAGAUAG